UUCAUGUAAAAAAGUAUAUUGUCCCAGACAAGUCUUCCCCUCACACUAAGAAAACAAAAGUUACGAAAAGGAGAAUAACUCAUGGUGUUGAGGAUGGAAAUAGGGAUGGUAUGGAUAAAAAUGAUGUGAAUUUUGAAGAGGAAGCCCUUAAUGAACGUGGAAAAGGAAAAAAAGGUCAUGACUUUGCAGGCGGAUUGAUUUUGGAGCCAAAGAGAGGACUGUAUGACAAAUAUGUAUUGCUACUGGAUUUCAAUCGCCUUUACCCGUCCAUAAUUCAGGAAUACAAUAUAUGCUUCACAACGGUUGAAAGAUUUCCUGAUGGAUUAGUUCCUCGUUUGCUCUCUAGUAAAACAGCUGGGGUUCUACCUGAGUUGCUGAAAAAUUUGGUUCAGAGGGGGAGAACGGUAAAGUCAUGGAUGAAAAAUGCAUCUGGUAUCAAUGUUCUGCAACUUGAUAUUCAACAGCAAGCACUAAAGCUCACUUCAAAUAGUAUGUAUGAAUGCCUUGGCUUUUCCAAUUCGAGAUUUUAUGCAAAACCUCUUGCAGAGCUUAUAACACAACAAGGAAGGGAGAUUCUACAAAGUACUGUUGAUCUUGUUCAGAAUAAUUUGAACUUAGAGGUGAUAUAUGGUGAUACAGAUUCUAUUAUGGUUUAUAGUGGAUUGGAUGGCGUUGCAAAAGCAAAAGCAAUUGCAGAAAAAAGUCGUCCAGGAGGUGAACGAGAAAUAUAGGUGCCUAGAAAUUGACCUUGAUGGUCUGUACAAGAGAGUGCUGCUUCUGAAGAAGAAAAGUAUGCUGCUGUGAAGGUGCAAUUCAAGGAUGGGAUAU